AAAUGGUCUGACUUUGUCCUUGGUAAGCUUUUUGUGCGACUUGCAAGAAACCAGUUGACGCAUUUUCUAACCUCUCUAUGUAACAGUAUGUGGUUACCUGCUAAUUAGAUAUUGUUUACGCUUUAGUAUCCAGCGUAAUGCCUGUUUUAUUUUGUCCCCUCUGUCACUCUUUAUUGAUGAUCGAAGAGUCGGCUCAUUGCUAUUCGCUGAACUGUUCUGCUCCCUUAUGUUCUUACAGAUGGUUUGUCACUCAGCCACUAGUUUUAGAACAUAAGCCAAGACAGGAUGUUCGUUUACGUUUAGAGGAAGACGCCGUUUUCUCAGUUGAAGAUGAAUACAGUUCUUCUGCUCAGACAGAUGAAAAGUGUCCUAAGUGCGGUCACACACGAGCGUAUUUUGUCCAAAUGCAGACACGUUCAGCUGACGAACCCAGCACAACCAAGUAUUCUUGUAUGAAAUGUCACCAUAUCUGGACUGAACAAUGAAAAGCAUUGUAAUUGUACAGAAAUGUGCCUAUUCAGAUUAAUUUGUUUAUUCUAUAAAGUAAUUUGAUAAUGAUUGAUUGCGUCAUUCUUAUUUAUUUGUGCAAUUCACUAAGUACAUAUCCGUGUACUCAGCUUGUGUUACGCUUUUUGUGUGAGCUUUAGUGAUUAUUUCCGGUUGUUCGAACAGAAGUAUGUGAAGUAAGACUCAACUUCUCGACCUAUUAUUUAAAAGUUGAAUUCCUUAGCUUCUAAGCCGCCGUUCAAAUCAAUGUAUUGUUUUGCAUAAUGUUUUUGUUCUUUAUGUAGUUCAAAAAUAAACGUAAUCAUUUCGUUUCAAUUCAUGUUAGUCAGUGCAUUUUAAAAGUUAUCAAAA